AUGUCUACCGAUCGACGACCAACAGAUUCCAUGAAGUCUACCUGGCGAGACGAUAAGUCUCAAUGGGGCUUCUUCCACCACUUUCUCAACAACCUUGAUGCCUUUCACUCAGUACCAGGCAAGGACCCGCCGAUCCACGCAAAGACUGACAAGAUACCAUACCUGACUGAAUGGUCAUGUCACAUCUGGAUCCUUACCCAUGCGGUAUGGCCGAUGGUUCUACAGCAACUCUACAUUUCCCUCACUGGCUACGACCUUCAUCCUAUUGCGGUCUACCUCCUCUACACAAUCGGAAUGCAAAUCAACUCAAUCCAUCAACUUCGAAUCCUUGGACGGCUCGGUUACCGAUAUGGAUAUCUGGACGGCGACAAGCACGCUCGUGAUGAGGUGCCAGAUGUGGGCGUGAAGAAGGUCUUCUCCUCGCUGCAGUUGACCACCUCCAUUCGUCCAAUGUUGACGAUGWUCUUCGCCUAUCGGCGCCGUGGAGGACUCCAGCUGAGCUGGUGGCUACCGGUCGAGCUUGCCUUGUACUCGGUCGUCUUGGACGGAUUCUUCUACCUAUACCAUCGAUCAUGUCACGAGCUGGACGGUCUGUGGCAAUAUCACCGCACACACCACCUGACCAAACACCCCAACCCACUGCUCUCAUCCUACGCGGACCACGAGCAAGAGUUUCUGGAAAUUGCUCUCAUUCCAUUCCUCACGUGGGCUACGUUGAAGUAUGUCUUCCAGCUUCCGAUGGGUUUCCAUGAUUGGUGGAUCUGCCACGAAUACAUCAUUUUCGCUGAGGCGUUUGGACACAGCGGUCUGAGGAUCUACUCAACAACACCCGGUGCAUCAUCUCCGUUCCUGAAGGCGACUGGGUGUGAGCUGGUCAUCGAGGAUCACGAUUUGCACCAUCGCAAGGGAUGGAGGAAGAGCAGCAACUAUGGAAAGCAGACACGGGUUUGGGACAAGCUUUUCGGCACCGCUGGAAAGCGUAUUGAAAUUUUGGAUGAGCAGGUGGACAUGAGCAUGACUUUCAACAUGCCGCUUUUGUAA